AUGAAAAGCCAAGUAUGAAGAGCAGAAAAAGUUUUCCGUUCAGUCUUCGCUGGUGGGAAACUUUGUGUGGACCAAGAAGGGACUAUGGGAUUUUCGCUAUACAAAGACCAAGUUAUCUGUUUUAGCUUGGAAAAUUUCCAAAUUCUUUCUCAUACAGGUGAAGAUGUCACCUGCUUUGACCUCACAAAAAGUGGAACUUUAGUCACUUCUGGGGUCGACAACAUCAUAAGAUUCCACAAGGAUCCUCCAAAGAUAUGGAAAAGCGACUGUGCCAUUACAAUACUUCAAGUCGAUCCAAGAGAUGCUUUGCUAGCUACAGGUGGCAGCGAUAACUCAAUUAGAGUUUACCAGCUGGAACAAUCAUAUUUAACACACUGUUUCAAACAGCACUCUGGGCCUAUUUUGUCUUUAUCUUUUCACCCUACAGAAUUUCUUCUAGCUUCUUCAUCUCAUGACUAUUCAAUUACUCCCCCCCCCUCCGUGAGCGAACAAAACCAUUAGAAAAAUCGCCAUUUUUUGACCAAAAACCACCCCUCCGUGAGUGAACAAAAAUUUUUUUUAAUAGAAAAAAUUUUAAUGGAAAAAAAUUUUGAUAUAUAAGUGAUAAUUAGUAUAAUGAAAUCUAGAGCUAAUUCUGUUUAAUUUUAAACAAAUUGCGUUUUAAAACAUAAAAUUUUGCAAAUUAAAUUAAUAUUUGCUUCCCAAUUUUUGCAAAUUAGGAUUUUUUUAAAAUUUCGAAAAAAAUAUUUUUUUAUAAAAUUUAUAUAUAAAUUUUUUUAAAAAAAAAAAAUUAACCCCCCUCCGUGAGCGAACAAAAUUUUUUUGUUCGCUCACGGAGGGGGGGGGGGGAGUUAGAGUUUUCGAUUUGAUGAAAUAUUCCUGCAGACACACAAUAACAAUGCAACAUCCAACAAGAUUUGUGGCUUUUCUUGAAAAAUCACUGGUCACUUGUACGUCAGAUGAAGCGAAAUUGUGAAGCAUCAAAAAGUGGGAAGAGAAAGGGGUGUAUAAAGCUGAAGGGGACAUAAGUGCAAUUGAGAUUUCGGGAGGCGUUUGGAUUGGAGAAGAUAGCGGAAAUGUGGUAAAUUUAUUCUAAUUUAAAUAUAUAUGAAAGUCUUUUAUAUAAAAUUUAUUGAUAGACUAAUUUUCAUAGAAAAUUGAAAUGGAAUAUCAAAAAAUAAACUAGAAGUGAAAAGAAAAAAGCAAGUGACUAUUUUUGGGAUUAAUUUGAUCAAACAUAUAAACAAUGAAGAGAUGUUGGUAUCGAAUCAAGAAUUUUCUAUGUAUUUCUUGAAUAAUAAGCUUAAAUUACAAAAAGAAAUCAUUGGAGACAUUGAUGAAAUUUUAGAUUUGAAAUGGAUCAACGAAAGUAAGGUCGCUCUUGCCUUAAACAGCACAGAAGCAAAACUUUUUGAUAUAAACACAUCUCUAGUACAAAGUCUUAAAGGUCACACUGAUAAUAUUUUGUGCAUAGAUAUAUUUGGUGAAUACAUAGCAACUGCAUCAAGAGACCAAACAAUGAGAUACUGGCAUAACACAAAAUGUUUAGCUGUAUAUAAAGGCCAUACCGAAGAAGUCAUCUCCGUUGCAAUAUCAAAAAAAAACUUUUUAGUCACAUCAAGCCAAGACCGCACCAUCAAAAUCUGGGAAAAAUCAGAAGGCGAAAUAGCAACAGCUUUGCAAACCACAAUUGCCCACGAGAAAGAUAUAGGAGUUGUAAGGUUAUCCCCAGAUUCCAAAAGAAUUGCAUCUGGCUCUCAUGAUAAAACAAUCAAGCUAUGGAACAAAAAGCUUGCGAAUUUACAAACCUUAGAAGGGCAUAAAAGAGGCAUAUGGGAUUUAAUAUUCCACCCUUCAGAUAGAAUUUUGGCAUCAUCAAGUGGUGAUAUGACCGUAAAGCUCUGGUCGCUAGAAACCUAUAGCUGCAUAAGAACUUUAGAAGGCCACACAAAUGCAGUUUUGAAGCUUGCAUGGAUACCAUCAGGGAUUGCUAGCGUUAGUAGCGAUAAUUUACUGAAAAUUUGGAAUUUUAAGACUGGAACUUGUGUUUUAAGCUUAGAAGAGCACAAUGACAAGAUUUGGGCUAUUGGAGGCCAGAAAAUUAACGAAGAAUCAUUCUUAUUAACUGGAGGAAUUGACUCAAAAUUAGUCCUUUGAAAGGAUAUCACCGAGCAAGAAGAAACCAAGCAAUUAGAAGAAAAAAGGGAAGCUAUAAAGCAAGAGCAGCUAAUGCAAAAUAAAUUGAAAAGUGGAGAUAAAGUAGAAGCUGCAUUAAUUGCUCACAGAUUAAAAAGACCACAAAUGCUAUAUAAAAUUACACAAGAAAUGACGGAAAAAGAAGUAAUUCUGUUUGUUGAUACACUCUUGGAAGAUCCAGACGGGCUGCUUAGUUUGUUGACACAUAUAAGGGAUUGGAAUUCAAUGAAAAAAUACUCAUCACUCGCCCAAAGAAUCCUUUACGAAAUUUUUGAUAGAGUUUCUUAUAGCAAUUUCCCUAAUGUUUCAGAAAUAUUGCAAGCUAUUUCUGUAUAUUCGCAAAAGCACUAUCAAAGAGCUGAGAAAUUGUGCAUGCAAUCAUAUCAGCUUGAUCACAUUCUUAAUGAAAUGACUUUGCUGCCAAAGAAAAGGACAAAGCAAGAAGAUGUGGUUAGUAAUAAAAAGAUUCACAUUUCAUAA